AUGAUAAAAAAUAUCCUCGUUGCCAUCGGCGAUACGGAUUACGAAAAAAAUGCCUUUGAGUACGCUGGUCAAUUGGCAGUACUUUUAGGUACACAUCUAUCGUGCGUUUUCUUUCAAGACAGCAAUCAUGGCGGAAAUGCUGAUGUCGCAGCGACUGUGCUCCGUCGAACAGAAGCGGAAUGCUCCCUCUACGAUUUUCUCGAUUAUCACGUUGAGGCUGUCGCCGGUAAUCCGCGACAGAUGAUAUGUGAACAGGCGCACUCCGCUGACCUCGUUGUUGUUGGACUUCCUGAAGAUGUGAGAAAGCGUCGACUCAAACUUAUUCAGAACCAAAUUGACGAUGUUCUACAGCAUAUUACCAGACCCAUUAUCGUCGUGCACGAACAAUGCACACUUUUACGGAAAAUUCUCGCCGUACAUCAUGGCGAUACCUAUUCUGACCACGCUUUAGGACUUGUCGCAGAAAUCGCGGAAUUGACUAAAGCUGGCAUCUUUGGACUCGCACUUUCAAGUACACAACCCGAAGCAACGCAGCUUAAGCAGCAGAUGGAAGCAUACUUGAAAUACUAUGACGUUCAAACCGAUUUCCUUACGGCGCGUGGUUUUACCGUAACAAAUAUCUUGGAAAAUGCAGAGGAAAAUGAUUGCGAUCUCAUCGCUUUGAGCGCAAGCCAUCACGGUAGGUUGUACGAACUUGUUUUCCAAAGUACCACACAAACUGUUGUCAAGCUCUCGAACCGGGCAGUUUUAGUAACAAGAUAA